AGUAGUCCCCUGGGUCUGCCCCUACAGGGUGCUAUAAAAUCACCUUAUGCCUCCCAGGCAAAAGGGUCUCAAAACAAUGAACCUGGGUGGUGUGCAGGUGUAUCCUGCCUCGAAGGGCACCAAGGGAAACAGAGAGGGCCCCAGAGUGCUCACCUCUCCCGGAGGUGGGCCUCCCACUCCGGGGUCCAGUGUCUUUCAGGGCCGGGUCUUUGGUUGUGUCCCUCCAUGCACUGAGUCAGUGGCUGCCUCUCCUUGCAACACAUGCCUGCCAAGGCUCCCUUCUUCUCACAUGAAAUUGGCUUACAAAGCCAUUUUAAAGUUGUGCUUUUAGGGACUUUAUGAUUUUGGGGAAGAAAUGUGGGUAGCAUUGACAGUGUACUUGGAGAGAAGUCUGGGUGCCAGGCAGGGUGAUGGGGCCCUUCCCUGUUUCUGGCCUGUGAGGGCCAGAGGACAUUGCUGGGGGCGGGGACCCUGCUGAAAGAGGCCCCCACAGCUUUUCCCUUUCAUGAGCUUGGAGCUGGCUAAUGGCCACCCCCCUGCUGCCCACUUCCCCUCAACACUGGGGAGGAUGGCCAGGCUGAGUCAGGGUUGAGGGGCUCAGGCCGAGUCAGUAUUGGGUUGGGGUCAGUCAGAUACAGAUGUGGGGUGCCUGCAUGAUGUCAAGGUCAAGGUCCAGUCUGAUAUUAGGGUUGGGGCCAAGGGGAAGGCUGGGUUCUCAGCUCAGAUGAUGAUCGGGGUUCUUCUAUAAGUGAGACAGAGCUCUGGGCCCUAGGAAAGGUGACUUCUGUCCUCGUCUUUUUGGGGAUCUUCUUCCUUCUCUUGCCUUUGUAGUGGCCACACCUUUUAUCUGUGCUAAUUUAAUCUUCCUGCAAGGCAGCUGUACCUAUCCCUUUUGCAGAUGGGAAAGCUUGAAGACCAAAGGAAGCCUUUAAAUGUCAGACAGGGCUUAGACAAGUGUGCCCGGUGAUGGGGUACAGAGGCUGCAUCCUUGGAGUGAGUUCAGAAGUGUUGGCUAAGUGGGGCCUGGAGAAGGGAAGACACACUGGUCCAGCGGUCACCUGGCAAGGUAGAAAUUGAGCUGGACCUGAACCCAGGUCUCUGGGCUCCAGGGCCUGUGUUCUCUCCCUCCCCUUCUGUCUCCUGGGCUCAUGGGCUGCCCGUGCUCUGUUCCCCACACCUGCUCCCCCUUCUCUCUCCUUGGCACGGCCCAGCCUGUCUCAGCGCAGUCCUUUUACUUCCUGGCUGGCCUGAGUGAGGAGGCUGGGGAGGGUCUGGCUGGGAGGAGUUGGGGCCCAGCCCCUCCCUGGUUGAGGAGUGGGAGGGGCCUCACCGCAGACACAGAGCCCCUUUGUCUGGGCCGUUGUGCAAAGCAGCUGGUCUGGGAUUUCUGGGCGUUUUUACAUUUGAAGAAUAAUUGCAUUGUCUGGGGGCCUCAAGAAUCCAAAUCCCUCCCCACACUUCCAUGCAGUCCAAAGAUGUGCCCCUGGAGCAGCUCCCCAGCCUCCCUCCCACUCCUUCUCCUCCUGUUAGAAGCCUGAGAAAGGGGGCGGGGGUUCUGGGGAAACUGAGGUGGGGCUGCUGUCUUCAGGGAAUAGAAGUGUCCAUUGGGAAGAGAGGUUUAAAGUCCCCAAGGUUGGUCAGGGAGGGUGCAAGUGAGUUGUCUCUUGCUGCCAGGGCACCGCAGCCCUGGACAGGUCUCAUGAGCAGAUGUGGGGCUUGGAGGAGCGGGGAGACUGCGGGUGGAAGGGCUGGGCCUAUUUUGGGGCAUUUUAGCUGGUGGAGUCCUGGGCCCCAAGGGGAGCCAGGGAAAGUGAGCCAGGUUCCUAGAAGGUGAGUGCGGACGGUAUGCAAAGUUGUGAAUCCAGUGGAGACAGUGCGGAUGACCCUCUCAGUCGUGGCCUGCGGAGAAGGGGACAGCCUCGUGUGGUGGUGAUCGGCGCCGGCUUGGCUGGCCUGGCUGCAGCCAAAGCACUUCUUGAGCAGGGCUUCACGGAUGUCACUGUCCUCGAGGCUUCCAGCCAUAUCGGAGGCCGCGUGCAGAGCGUGAAACUUGGACACGCCACCUUUGAGCUGGGAGCCACCUGGAUCCAUGGCUCCCAUGGGAACCCUAUCUAUCAUCUAGCAGAAGCCAACGGCCUCCUGGAAGAGACAACUGAUGGGGAGCGCAGCGUGGGCCGCAUCAGCCUCUACUCCAAGAAUGGCGUGGCCUGCUACCUUACCAACCACGGCCGCAGGAUCCCCAAGGACGUGGUUGAGGAAUUCAGCGAUUUAUACAACGAGGUCUAUAACUUGACCCAGGAGUUCUUCCGGCACGAUAAACCAGUCAAUGCUGAAAGUCAAAAUAGCGUGGGGGUGUUCACCCGAGAGGAGGUGCGCAACCGCAUCAGGGAUGACCCUGACGACCCAGAGGCCACGAAGCGCCUGAAGCUCGCCAUGAUCCAGCAGUACCUGAAGGUGGAGAGCUGUGAGAGCAGCUCACACAGCAUGGACGAGGUGUCCCUGAGCGCCUUCGGGGAGUGGACCGAGAUCCCCGGUGCUCACCACAUCAUCCCCUCUGGCUUCAUGCGGGUUGUGGAGCUGCUGGCGGACGGCAUCCCCGCCCACGUCAUCCAGCUGGGGAAACCAGUCCGCUGUGUUCACUGGGACCAGGCCUCGGCCCGCCCCAGGGGCCCUGAGAUUGAGCCCCGGGGUGAGGGUGACCACAAUCAUGACACCGGGGAGGGUGGCCAGGCUGGAGAGGAGCCCCCGGGGAGCAGGUGGGAUGAGGAAGAGCAGUGGCCGGUGGUGGUGGAGUGCGAGGACUGCGAGCUGAUCCCAGCGGACCACGUGAUUGUGACUGUGUCGCUGGGCGUGCUGAAGAGGCAGUACACCAGCUUCUUCCGGCCAGGCCUGCCCACAGAGAAGGUGGCUGCCAUCCACCGCCUGGGCAUUGGCACCACUGACAAGAUCUUUCUGGAAUUCGAGGAGCCCUUCUGGGGCCCUGAGUGCAACAGCUUACAGUUUGUGUGGGAGGAUGAGGCGGAGAGCCGCACCCUCACCUACCCACCCGAGCUCUGGUACCGCAAGAUCUGCGGUUUCGAUGUCCUCUACCCACCUGAGCGCUACGGCCACGUGCUGAGCGGCUGGAUCUGCGGGGAGGAGGCCCUUGUCAUGGAGAAGUGUGAUGACGAGGCAGUGGCCGAGAUCUGCACAGAGAUGCUGCGUCAGUUCACAGGGAACCCCAACAUCCCAAAACCGCGGCGAAUUCUGCGCUCGGCCUGGGGCAGCAACCCCUACUUCCGCGGCUCCUAUUCAUACACACAGGUGGGCUCCAGCGGGGCUGACGUGGAGAAGCUGGCUAAGCCCCUGCCGUACACGGAGAGCUCAAAGACGGCGCAUGGAAGCUCCACAAAGCAGCAGCCUGGUCACCUUUUCUCUUCCAAGUGCCCAGAACAGCCCCUGGAUGCUAACAGGGGCUCCGUAAAGCCCAUGCAGGUGCUAUUUUCCGGUGAGGCCACCCACCGCAAGUACUAUUCCACCACCCAUGGUGCUCUGCUCUCCGGCCAGCGGGAAGCCGCCCGCCUCAUCGAGAUGUACCGAGACCUCUUCCAGCAGGGGACCUGAGGGCUGGAGACCUCUUCCAGCAGGGAACCUGAGGGCUGUCCUCGCUGCCUGCCCAGAAGAGCCACUAACUCACGACCUCUAGCCUGGCCCCUUGCUGCUGUGUGUUUCUGCCUUCCUGAUCCUCUGUAGAACGGAUUUUUCUCUUCUGUAGAGCUAGCUACCCUGACUGCCUUCAGACCCGGCCCUGUAGCUUUUCCUUUUCUCCGGGCCAUAAGCAGGUGGGCCAUUGAGUUACCUCUGUGCUGAAUCCCGAGCUCCUCUGCCUGCCCUCUGUCCCGCCUUGUUAUUGUAAGUGCCUUCAAUACUUUGCAUUUUGGGAUAAUAAAAGAGGCUCCCUCCCCUGCCCCUCAGGUUC